UGUUAUAAUCACCUUCACGUCUUCCAGCCGAACUCAUUCCUUUCAUUGCCCACAGUAGUUCAGUCCAGUGAUGCACUCACGUUGGCUGUCUCUUGUUGUCACUGCACCUCUUCUCGCCAUCAGCUUCAUCGGACCCCUAUCAGUAUCGGCAGUUCCUGUGGCGGAAGCACACACAACUCGUCAUGGUGUAACAUCGUCAGGAGAUUUCCUUCUUGUCAGACGUGACAAUGAUCACAUGCAUAUGCAUCACGGCGCACCUCUGACUGAGCUGAACGAGACCGCAAUCAUUCAAUGGCAUGAUCCCACUCCCCCCUCUUACUGGUCUAUCGAUAUCGAGGAUCGUGACCCAUCCGUAGUCCGUUACCCUGGACUCAUGGCCUUACACGUGAUUUUCAUGACCCUUGCCUUCUUUGUUGCCUUGCCUGUCGGCAUAGCAAUGCGUGCUCUAAAGCAUUCAUGGCAUGGUCUCGCUGUAGUCGCAUUCUACAGCUUAUGCGCACUUGGGUGUGCCUCUGGUACAUUGUAUACGAAGUUGACACCAGAUAUGUAUGAAGGAUCAACCCAUGCAUCCCACGGUUACUUGGUCCUGAUCCUAAGUUUAUGCCUCUCUGCGGUCGACAUCACUCGCUUUCUCGUUCGUCUAUAUGUGUUCAUAAAGAGCAGAAGCAGGUUCGCCUUAAAGCCAUUCUGGCAGAAUAUUGUUCUGGGACGUAAUGAGGUCUACGAUGUCACAACCAAGUAUACUGGCUUGGACGCGGAGGAUCCCUCAGAAUUCGAUGUAGCUGAAAUGAAACCUCUGAGACUCCCUGAAACCAGGGAACCUCUUCAUGUGCGACGGAAUCAACCCAUUGCAAUUAUCCAGACCCAGGAUUUGGAUGAUGCCGAAGACGAUGAAACAGAACCAUGGGUCAACAACUCUCGAAGUAGUCAGGGCGCAAUCCAUUAUACGCAAUCGGAAAGGACCGUGUUUCAAGCUAAUUCACCGCGAGAUUCUAGACACUCUGAUGAAACCUUGCAUGAUUUCAAGCUUCCCGGUCCUAUCGAGCCGCAAGCUCCCCUUACUAUCCGCAUUUGUCAAGGAGCAUUUGCUACGCUCGAGAGAGCAUUGGUUUUCGCAGCUUUUGGUAUGACGUUGUCAGGUAUUGUCGUUUAUACCGGUGGCUGUCGCGAAAGCUAUGUAAACGGCUGUCUUGCACAUUUAAUCAAGGGCGGCAUCUUCUGGUGUUAUGGCUUGGUUACCUUUGCUCGGUACCUUGGAUCUUUCUCUGAGUUGGGAUGGGCUUGGAAUAUCUCACCAACUGGCGAACAUGUUUCUGCUGAAUUCGUGGAGUCCUUGGUCAUUUUCCUCUACGGCAUCACCAACACUUGGAUGGAACGCUUUGGCGUUCACUCUGGUGACCCUUACACCACCAAGCAAGUACAGCAUAUAAGCAUUGCUGUCAUGUUUUGGUUUGCCGGACUCAUUGGGAUGGGAAUCGAGUCCAAGCGUGUUCGCCGCUGGCUUGCAGCGUCUGCUGUAGCCGCUGUCGGCUCAGCUGAGGCUUCUGAGCCCCCAAGCUACCGUGGUAGCUUCAACCCUUUCCCUGCUCUCGUCAUUGGCGUCACCGGUGCUGCAAUGAGCGCUCACGCCCAAACUUAUCUCUUCCAGGUACAGAUACAUGAACUAUGGGGAAGGCUCCUUUUGGGAUUCUCGGUUUUAAGGUGCUUCACCUAUUUCUUUGUCUGGCUUGGCCCGCCCCGCUCUAUCCUUCCUUCUCGACCGCCGACAGAAGCUCUUGCAAGCUUCUUCCUCGCAUGCGGUGGUUUGGUCUUUAUAUUCAGCACAGAAGAAGUAACUAUUGCCGCUAUGCGGAAAGGGCGUGAUGACAUGAUGAUGUUCCUCAACCUCGCCGUUGCUAUUACAUGCUUCGCGUUUUGCUGGACCUUCUGCAUCGUUGCGAUGAAAGGAUGGCUCAAAUCCCGAAGCAGUCCUCGCUACCCACUCUCAGCUCCAUGAUCAGAAGAUUCCCUUGUCCUUGUUCAUGCUUAGACGUAAACGCUAUAAUUCACGAGUGCUUUCAAUUUUCCUUUUCAUCGGCAUCUUCGGUCACAUCUGUAGUAUUUGACAAACCUGCUCUACUUACGGCUCUUACAACAAUAAUCCAUAGGAUCACUUACACGAUUUCACACCUAUUUGUAUAAUAACGAAAUAUUGAUGUUUGUCUUGAUUGCACCCUUAG